AUGCAACGUAAUUCUACUAAUAAUUAUUCUCCUUCCCGUUUCUCUUCCUCUUCUUCAGAAGAUACAGAUUCAAACUAUGACCGUUCAUCUGGAAUAGAAGAUUCUGAACAAUUAUUACUUAAUUCUCUUCUUCUUUCUGAUAUUGAAAGAUUUACAGCACACGUUGGUAGACUUAGAUCAGCUUUAAAUUGUUGUCAAAAAAUUAUAAAUGAUUCAGAAAUGUCUGAAGUCCAAAAAAAUAAUUUAAAUGAAAAUACCAACAACAAAACAGUCACAACAACAACAACUUCAAAUUAUUUACAAAUACAUUCAGCUUUAGCUUUAGUUUCUCAGUCAAUUAAAGAUUUACUUUCCAGACAUUCUCGUUUAUUCAAAACUUGCAAUGUUUUAUUACCUACUGGACAACUUGUUAAUUCUAUUAAAAGUACAAAUUUCAUUACUUCUUCCUCUUCAGUUUCCAACUCUACGGAUACAAAAACAACAAAAUCAAUUUGUACACUAACAGCCCUACAAGCUUUGGAUAAAUUAGAAAUUGCUGUUGCUAAUUCUCUACGAGAAGCUUUGUUCGUUUUUUUAAUUAAAUUAAAAAUUAAUUUUUUAUAA